UAUUUGGACUAUUUGAUCAGAUAACAUUUAUAUUUAACAACCAACCUUAUUCCAAAAACCUAAAUCCAUAUAUACAUAUAUAUGUCCUACAUUUUUAUCUCAUUGCCAAACGUUCGUCGAGAAAAAACCAAAAGCAAUACACAGUCCUACCAUGGAAGUAAACAACGCUCAAACUCCGAGCAAUCACUCCGAUCAAACGACGACGACAGCUUCGACUCUUUUCGAGCGUCUGAUGGGCAGAAGAUGGAGCUCGAAUGAUUCCAACAUGAUUUGCAAUAGAAUCGUAAGAGAAUUACUCGACUUGCAAAGCAGACAACGAAAUUUAACGGCCACACCCGUGACAAGAGCCGAAUUCGAUGAAGCUACUGAAUUGGCGAUCUCGGAAGAGAUCGAGUAUCUUAGCGACAGUCGAAAUGGAUUUGGCGCAGACGUAGAAUACGACGACGAUGCCCUGCACUCUGAGAUAUCGGGUUUUGUAAGAGAUUCUGUUUCCCAUCUCUUUGAGAAUCUAACGGAAGUCCUGAAUUUACCAUUCGGAGAUUCUUAUCAGCAUAAUGAUAUUGGUUUGUCCGAUGAAAUUAUUGACUGGUAUCUGAAGAAAGAGAAUAUUAUGGGCGCAGCGGCGCCAGAUGAAGAAGUCUGCCCUGUGUGUCGAGAUGAUCUUCGGAAAGGAGUCAAGACUAAGGAUAUCGCAGAUGAUCUUCCGGUAGAUGAUCUUGGGAAAGAAGUGGAGACUAAGGAGAUUGCAGAUGAUCUUGGGAAAGAAGUCGAGACUAAGGAGAUUGCAGAUGAUCUUCGGAAAGAAGUUGAGACUAAGGAGAUCGCACGGCUUGAUUGCAAACACUUUUAUCAUGUCGAUUGCAUAAAGAAGUGGCUUCGACUCCAAAGUAUUUGCCCGCUCUGCAGAGCUGUCUUGCGGAUUUAGCAAGGACUAGCAGAACAAUUAGAUUUGUUCAAUUUAUAUUUUUAUUUAUAUUUUUAUGGAGGCUGCCGGAGACCUUGCCGCCGCAAUGCCAACGUCGCCGUUGCCGCCGCCGAAGAAGAAUGAAGGA